AUGUCUGUGAACCUUGAAAUGGACACUUCAGUAUUCAGCAACCAGUGUAAAAUACGACAAUGUUCCCAGUGUCAGGGGGAUGUUGAAUUCUACUGUAACACGUGUAAACAUAAUCUGUGUAUACAGUGUAAAGAGAAACAUGUUAUUGAUCUAGAUACCAUAUACCAUGAUGUUGUGUUUUAUCGUGAAAAAAAUGACUACAUCCAAAAACAAGAGACCUGUGUGAGACAUCCAGACAUGGUCUAUAGACGAUACUGCAAUUCAUGUAAAAUUCCUGUCUGCUUUAAAUGUAGAGAACACUUGAAACACAAAUUACAGGACUUAAUAUCAGCAUAUAAAAAAUACCGACAACAAUACAGAGAAACUAUUGACAACAUCAGAAGUGAGACUCUCUAUAACAGCUGUGUUCUCCUUGACGGAAUCAAAACCGAUUUAAAAAUUGUUCACAAGGAAAUUUUCAACAGUCAAUCAGAGAUGUCAACAAAAGCCGCUAGAUUAAAGAAGAUAAUUGACACUGUGAUAUGUGAUGCUAAAAUUGGAUAUAGAACAUACCUUCAUAGAUUUCUAAUCCUGAAAAGGAAAAUAAAUGCGCAUCAUGUCAUCAUAGAAAACUAUGAAUACUUAUUUGAACUGUCAGCAUACAGACCUGUAAGAUUCCUCUUAUUUCUAAAGAAAACCCGCGUCCCUAAGAAAAAGGACAGUCCUGAUCUCACACAGUACGCUCUGCUCUCCCUGACCGAAGAAAUCAGCAUUAAGGUUGUGAUUAAAUUACUGAAUGAAUUCCAAAUGAUGGAUAGAAGAAAAAGACAAGUAAGAAAUGAAUGUGUGCUAAAACUGAUGUCUACACCCGUGUUUCACAAAUAUGUCACGGUGACAAGUGCCAGUAGUGUAACACACAUUUCUCGUGCGACGUCAGACCGAUUCUGGACCAGUGAUGAUAAAAAUCUCAUCUUGAUAAACACAGAAGGCAAGGAUCAUCAAAUUAAAAAACUAUCUAAAGAUGACAGAACAAAGAUAUCAUUUAUAAAGAAUACGAAAUCAUGGGACCCACAAUGUGUCUACUGCUCCCCCUCCAAUGGAGAUCUUCUGGUCGGAAUGUGGAAUACUCGUACAUUUAAAGAAGGCAAGGUAACAAGAUAUAAUAAAAUGGGACAAGACAUACAGACAAUACAACACAACAACACAGGUAAAGUACUGUACAUGCAUCCUAGAUACAUCACAGAGAACCUUAAUGGAGAUGUUAUUGUGUGUGACUUUUACCGUGCUGUAGUGGUGACAAAGCGUGGAGGAGGGUAUCGCUUCUCCUACAAAGGACCUUCCUCAGAAUUACCGAUGACACCAUAUGGAAUAUGUACAGACGCAUUGUCAAACAUUCUAGUUUGUGAACGUUUCACUAGCACAAUCCAUAUGAUUGACAAGGACGGCUGCUUCCUGUCAAUGAUAGAGACAUACGAACAAGGAAUAGACAAUCUAUGCUGCUUGAGUUAUGAUUACAAAACUCAUCUUUUAUGGGAUUCUUCACCUGUGUACGAGGCCACUUACGACGGUGAGAAGUUUGUUCAGCUGUUGCUCAUCGCCUUCAGCAAGGCAUUCUAUCAUAUUAAUCACAAUAUGUUAUUGGGGAAAAAAGGAAAUAACGGCGUACAGCCAGAAGCUUUCUGUCCAACCAUCAACAACAAGUGA